GAUUUCAUAAUCGGGUGAACAGAAACACGAAUAAUUUAGCGUUCAAAUCUUAAACGAGUGAAAACGUAUAUAAACGUUUACGUGAACAUAGUUGUGAAGUUGAUUUUCUUAAUGCGCGACAAAAUGAGACUGUACAGCGCAUGUGGGACCAUAUGUUUGCUCAUCUGUUUAAAGAGUUCCCUGGUUACUUGCGCUGUAACGGCACAAGACAUGCGCGCGCACCUUUCGACGAUACUUCCGGCCAACUAUACCACCUACAUCCGUCCAAUCCUGAACCAGAACGAUCCAGUCAAGGUGACUAUGGACCUCCACCUAAUAGGGAUCAACUCGUUCGAUAACCGCGAGCAGAAGCUGACCACCACGGCGUACCUCAACGUCGAGUGGACUGACCAGGUGAUCGCAGAUUCAUGGAUCGACACUGACAUCAAUCACGUGUACGUCCCGCAAGGGAACGUCUGGAGACCGGAUCUGGCGCUACAGAACGGUUUCGAUACGAUGGUCGGCCUCGGUAGCUCCUUCCUGUAUGUACGCGUUGAUCGCAACGGCUUAGUGACGUGGCGGCCUUAUCAGGUGUUCGAAAGCGGAUGUGAGGUAAACGUGCGCUUCUUCCCGUUCGACAAGACAUCGUGCGAGCUCAAAUUUCUCGUCUGGAGCAACACGUUGGAUAAAGUGAGCGUCGCGAGAGGGACCGUCGGAUUCGACACGACGCUGUUUGAAGCGAAUUCCGAGUGGACCGUUCUUCAAACUUCUGUAUCUGAAUUUAACGCCGGCGACAACUCCGGUAUUCUGUUCAAAAUAGAAAUGGAACGGAAACCGCUGCAUUAUCUGGUCACCAUUCUUGUUCCGGUGAUUUUGCUCGGAGCUCUUAACGCGUUCCUCUUUGUACUUCCGGCGGACUCCGGCGAAAAGACCGGGUACGCGGUCACCGCUUUCCUGUCGUUUGCCGUGUUCUUGACGAUUGUCGGCGACGAGAUUCCUGAAAACUCCGACAAGGCAUCCAUGUUCAGUCUCUACAUUUUUAUUAUGACGAUGGUCAGCACGCUCCUGGUGGGCGUCACCAUCUUUCAGCUGCGUAUCCACCACCGCACUGAUGAUCACGUGCCAUCGCGCUUCCUCACCCGGUUUACGCGGCUCGUGCGGAAGGUCCGGUGCGCAUGCUGCGUGGGAAGGAACCCCAAGGGCCGCGAGGGACCGGAAGUGGAAGAGAUCACGUGGGAGAGCAUCACGGAGGCCAUAGACUUUGCUGGGUUCUUUUUUGUCAUGUUGUUCAUGCUGAUCUUCACCAUGGCAAUUGUGGUCGCCUCUACUGUCGGGACACAAGUCCCAAACUAGCAAGUCAAUUGCAUGUAGAGGCAUUCGUCCUUUGACGAGGCGAAUUUUGACUGUUGUUAAACCGGAUUGAAAUUAAAACGUUGAAACAACGUGUUGGGAAAAGUAAAUACGAUUUAAAUGAUAUAUGGAAGUAAAUAUAAAUACAAUGUAUGUAAGUUAUAUAUAUCGUUAAAAGCGUAAAUACCCACACAAAGAAAUGUGCAUAAAUCAAAAUGUGGUUAGUGUAUUCAGGAUUUAUGAUGUGCAAAAAUAGUCCACACGUCUUCAUCAAGAAAUCUUCGCCAGGAGAGUGG